AAGGAAUAAUCACACACCACCUCUCAUUCCCUUUAGGCACGCCUCUCUCUCUCUCUCUCUCUCUCUCUGCAAAACUAAGCUUUGCAUUGGUAUAUAUACAAGGAAUAUACAGAAGCAGCUGCCAAAGACUCUGUAUUAACGGCCAUUGAAAUCCAAGAGGCUAGCUAGUUAAGCUUCAGUUUCAAUAUCUCAUCAGCUUCUACUCUAAAGAUGGAGGUAAUGAAGUCAUUAUCCGAUGUUGCAGACUCCAAGCAACAACAAGAACAGCAGCAGCAGCAACAACAUUUCCAUGUUUUGGCUGUAGAUGACAGUGUUAUAGACAGGAAGCUAUUGGAGAGGCUCCUCAAAGGUUCUUCAUACAAAGUGACUUGUGUGGACUCUGGGGAUGAAGCUCUUAAAUAUCUGGGUUUGAUUGAUCAUGAUGACCAAAAACCUACAGAUUCAUCUUCACUCACUUCCCCAUAUCCUCAGCAGUCGUCAUCAGAACAAGAGGGCUCAAAAGUCAUCAAUCUGAUCAUGACAGACUACUGUAUGCCCGGGAUGAGCGGCUAUGAUUUGCUGAAAAGGGUCAAGGGAUCUUCUUGGAAAGACAUACCAGUCGUAGUCAUGUCAUCAGAGAAUGUUCCCUCAAGAAUUAACAUGUGCUUGGAAGAAGGGGCUGAGGAGUUUCUCUUAAAGCCACUUCAGAUAUCAGAUUUGAAGAAGCUUCAGCCUUACUUGCUUAAAACCCUUGACCAACCUUCUUCCAGCAUUGACAGUAGCAACAAUCUCGUAGUUGAGGAGAUCGGUGAUGAUGAUCACGAUGGCCAAAGCAAAAUCAAUGAGGAGAUCAAUAAGGGUAGCGUGAUGAAUAAUACUAAUGCUAGUAGUAUUAGCAAGAGGAAGGCAGUAACUACUGAAACAUCAGACAGAAUACCCAAGAUGAAAGGUUUAGUUGUAGCAUAGAGCCAUAGACCAUAGAUCUACUACUAGUACUAGUGGUGUUGGUGUUGGUUUGGCGGUGGUGAUAGUCUUAUAUAAACAUAUGUAUGUAUUUGUUUGGUGGUAUAUGAUCAUAAUCAAGUUUAUGGGGGAGGACUAAUUAAUUGCUGCCAAGUUUGCAUUCUUCUCCUAUUAAUAUCA